AUACUUAUUAUUGUAAAACAUUGUCAUUGUCUGGAUACUAAGUUUUAGAAUAACUUAAUUUAUUUAUUAGAAAUUGUACGGAAUUUUUUUCACAGCCCGCAAAAUGGCAGACCCUUCUUUUUUUUAUACUCCGGAACUUAUUUCAAACAAAAAUCGCGAUGUACCGAUUCCGCUUCCCGAUGUCAAACGUAUUGAAUAUGUCGAUGAAUUUAUGUCGAAUCCUGACAACUACUCCGGGGAUAUAAAAGCUCUGACCGAUCGUCUGGUUGAAAAGGUCAAUGAGUGCGAGCAUUCGGUUAAUCUAUUGCGCAAUGAGAUACUUCAAAAAUGUGCAGCACUUAGUCAGUUGAAAAAGGAUUUGCUGGAGUUGCAGUGCCAAUUGCGGUUACCCGAUGCCAAGGAACGUUUUGUCGACAAAGAUGAGAAAGUUGUUGUCAAAUUCCUGGAUGAAGAGACCUCUUAUGAAUACGAUAUGGAUACUGCUUUGAAUAAUUUUAGUGUUAAGAUGUCGUUGCUGUACGCGGAAAUCAUUGUCACGCAAAAUGAUAUUGAUGUAGUGGAACAUUUUAAGAAUAUUGCAAUGGCCAAUUGCACUAAUGUCAUCGAUUGGUUCGAGAGCAAUCAGCGAUCCGAGGAAGUUAAUCAAAGCACAUCAUGCUAAUGCAAUCCAAGUAAUAAGAGAAAAUUGUUAUCAUGUUACUGUAAAUCAUUAAAUUGUAUUUAAUGACAA